ACGCAGCUCAAUAUUAUUCGUAGACGGACGCACGCGCGGUGGAACUUGACGACGACGACAACGACAACGACGACGACGACGAUAACGGACAGAAGACAUAAAACUCCGUACGCGAACGGUCGUGUACUAAAAUAAUAAUAAAAAAUUUUACCACGUGGUGUCCACGUCGAGUGAAUCGCGGAACACCCGGCAACAACCUGCUGGACUUUUGCGUCGGCCGGUCUGCCGCGAAUCGCUCGGCCGGGCCCCGAGAGAUCGUGAUCCAUCGUAGAAACGGUACGACCUACAUAUAGAUCGCGAUCCGGAUCGACGACGGAGUCGUUAUGAAGUUGCGAGAAACCCUGUACCAGGUACUGUUCAGGCGGAAAAACGAGGAUGACAUAGAUGACCCGGACAAAGAGAAAUUGGCCAGGGUCCUCAAUCUGGUGGACCUGACCGCACUUGGCGUUGGGUCCACGUUGGGCGUGGGCGUCUACGUGCUUGCCGGAAACGUUGCCAGAAUAGAAGCUGGCCCGGCCGUCGUGCUGUCCUUCGUUUUGGCUGCGUUCGCGUCGGCUCUCGCAGGCCUGUGUUACGCAGAAUUCGCAGCGAGAGUGCCAAGAGCCGGGUCGGCUUACGUUUACAGUUACGUCGGCGUGGGUGAAUUCGUCGCGUUCGUCAUUGGAUGGAAUCUGAUACUCGAAUAUGUCAUUGGUACUGCAAGUGUCGCCAAAGCUUUCAGUAAUUACAUCGACGCGUUGUUGGACUACCCCGUGAAAACCACCAUGACCUAUCUUUUCCCCAUGAAUGUCAGUUUUUUGGCCGACUACCCAGACGUUUUGUCGUUCAGUCUCGUGAUACUAUUAUCGAUUAUACUGUCAUGGGGAGUCCGCGAAUCUACAAUGAUCAACAACGUGUUUACAGUCGUUAAUUUAUUGACCGUGUUCACGGUCAUUGUAUCCGGAUUAUUUAAAGUUAAUUUGUACAAUUGGAGUAUACCCAAACAAGACAUUCCGAAGAGUGCGAAAGGCGGCGAAGGCGGUUUCAUGCCUUUCGGGUGGGCCGGAGUGACCGCGGGGGCUGCCAAAUGUUUUUACGGGUUCAUCGGUUUCGACUCCGUAGCUACUACAGGAGAAGAAGCGAAAAAACCAAAACGUGACAUCCCAUUGGCCAUCAUACUGUCGUUGACCAUCAUAACGUUUGCAUAUUGCUGUAUCAGUUCGGUUUUAACUCUGAUGUGGCCAUAUUAUGAUCAGGACAUCGACGCACCGUUCCCGUACGUCUACGAUAAACUUGGUUGGACGACGUUGAAAAUGAUCGUUUCAUCGGGCGCUAUAUUUGCUAUGUUUGCCAGUCUUUUAGCGAGUAUGUUCUCGAUGCCGAGGAUUCUGAUGACCAUGGCCGAAGACGGUCUCAUGUUCAGCAUGUUUUCGAUCAUUCACCCGAAGUUUAAGACACCGCUGUUGGCCACAUUGAUGUCGGGUCUAUUGGCGGGCAUUAUCACGGCGCUUUUGAACCUAGAACAACUGAUGAAUAUGAUGUCGAUCGGCACAUUGUUGGCGUACACGAUCGUGUGCAUUUGCGUGCUGAUAUUACGGUACAAAAACGAUCCGGAUAGCGAUGAGUUCGUGAAGAAUCAGGUCAUCGACGAACCGGAGACCAGCAGUGGUUUCUUCAAGGUGGUGGACAAGUACUUUAACCUGUCAAACGUCGAUAACGCCAACAAAGAGACUGAGCGCGUGGCCACGACUAUCACUGUGUUGUACAUUUGCACAUCGGCGCUGUUCAGCUUCGUAACCGUACAACACGAGUGUGUGGCGACCAACCAUCAAUGGUGCGACGAUAACGACAGCAACUCAUCGGCCUUUCAACCAGGUUGCGUCUUAAACACCAACAACGCCACAACGUUUUUCAAACAUGGGUGCAUCGAAAACAGCAUCGCGACGUACGCGAGUGCUAUUUUGGCCAUCGGGCUGUUGCUUCUGUUGCUGUUACUGACCAGACAACCCCAAUCGAACAAAAAACUUUCGUUUAAGGUCCCACUAGUUCCACUCAUUCCGUGCAUUAGCAUCUUGGUGAACGUUUACUUGAUGAUGAAACUUGACAUAAUCACCUGGAUCCGUUUCAGUAUUUGGUUGACGAUCGGACUAUUCAUAUACGUACUGUAUGGCAUGAAUAACAGUGCUGAGGGUCUAAAGAGGAAAGGAGAGCUGAAAAAUAGUCGGUCGAGCUCUGCAGAGCCGAUACACCAGAUUUCUUCCAUCAAUUUAUAGUUAAAUUUCCCACAAUGGCUCUUUCUCAACCUUGUCUAAAACUAGGAGCUAUUAUGCCCAUACUUAAGUCUGGCGAUCCUCACAAUGUUUUUAACUACCGUCCCACCACAAUCCUCUCCUACGUUUCCACGCCUCCACUUCUGGGAUAUGUUAUACCCUCAACCACAUUCUAGUUGAAGAGCAACACGGCUUCCGGCCCGGAACUACUACUUGCAAUAUUUUUUCACCACUUAUAUUUUUCAGUCGUUUCGAUUUAAUUUUCAAGUGAAUGUGAUGUACACGGAUUACUCUAAUGACCGAGUUGAUCAUGUCUGUCUGGUAAAAACUCUCGAUCUCUUGAGAAUUUGUGAUCCUCUUUUAUUGGCUAUGUUCCUUCCUAGAUGAACACCAUCAUUAUGUCUCCAUUUAUGUUGUUCUCUCCCUCAGUUUUUCACCCACCUCUAAUGUUCCUUAGGGUGCAGUUUUUCCACCGCUACUAUUUGCGCUCUUUGUAAAUUAUGCCCAUUUUAUUCUUUUGCAUUCCAAUUGCCUCAUAAAGACACAUAUUUUAUGCGUGGUAAUUCUACAUAAUGUAUAUUCUGUAUUCUUUUACAAUACAACCUAAUUUAGUAGAUAUUACACGAUAAUCUGAUAGACAAUAAUUCAACAUAAUAUGCCUUAUUGUAUUACCAAUAGAAACAUUAUUAUUAAUAAUAGUAUAAAUAAACUAUUACAUAUAAAAUAUUAUUAGAAGUAGAGGUGAUGGUGUGUCUUCGCUGAGAAUUUUGUUAGUAUAUUCAAUCACAUCAAUCACAUCGGUUACAUUGACCUACUAAAUUAUGAUAAUAUUAUGUACAGUGUACACUCGAAAUCAGCAGAGCUAAUUCCCCGAUUUUUAUUUUUUCAUAAUAUUUUGAUAUAUAUUUUUACAAAUAAUAUUAAAGACAUUUUUUGUAUCACACGACGAAGUUGUACAGCAGAACCAUUCUUGAGUUGAUUUAUAAAUUGCUUAAUUUCUAUAGUAUGUUAUCAUAGAGCGUAAAGUCGUAGACGAUGAAAAUUGUCGUAAAAGUGUAAUUUGUUUCUACAGUAAUUUUUUUAAUGUUACAUCAUCAUCAUGAUAUUUUUAUUAUUACUUAUUGCUAUGAAUGUAUUAGGUAUGUUAUAAUAUUUAUUUUUGUACUUAGAAUAUGCAUUUGUUACCAACAUAAUAUAAUUUAAUAAUUAUUAAUGA